AUGUUUGCAGAGGUCAGGAUGCUUUUUUCUGCUUUCAUCGUUAUCUGUGCGAUAAUACAGCAAGUAAAUGGACGCAACCCGAUAAACCAAUGGACUCUCAUACCAAACACUCUGGUAGUGGAAGUGGAUGGCUGUUUGGGCCAGCAACUUCUGACCUGCUUGGAUUCAGCAGAGAUGGGCAGGAGGAACGUCCAGGUUCAGGAUAUCGUUUGGAAGAAGGAUGGCGUGGAGGAGAUGCAGAGAGGGAACUCAUACCGGGUGCAGCUGGAGGAGAGCCAGGGAGGGGGCAACUACACCUGUCACGGCAAGGAUGGGUCGCUCCUUAACCACACCUUGGUGCUGAUCCAAAUGGAUGCCACCAAGCAGAAGAGAAUUCUCCUGAGAACCGACCAAAAUGAUUAUUUAAAGUGCUCAGCUAAAAAUCACAAUGGAGAGCUCCGUUGCUCCUGGACGUGGCAUCCUUACCGCCUGGGCAAAGUGACACUCGUUAGAGUUCAACGUGGGUUUCCUGAUCCUGAUUAUACCCAUUGCUCUGUGGAAGUGAGUGACCAGCAGUGGACAUGUUCCUCACCCUUGGGCAAUAUCACCUGUGUAGUGGAUCUUAACGGCCGUGGCAUCUCCUGUCGGGAUGAGCAGCAUUGCCCCUACGCCGAGGAGAACCAGCGAAUCCAUCUCACCAUCUACGUCAGGAGUAACUACUACCUGGUAGAAGACUACUCUACAAGUUUCUAUAUGUCCGAAAUAGUAAAGCCUGACAAGGUGACGAUCAGUAAGGUCAAUGAAACCACAAUACAGUGGAGUUACCCUUGCACCUGGAGCAGCCCUCACUCCUACUUCCCCCUCACAUUUGAGAUCGUAGAGAUCAAGAAGACCUGUAGGAGACAGAACCCCUGUGAGCACCCAUGCAUAACAAAAAAAGUCGUAAACACUAUGCUGGUCAGCCCUGGAGUCACCUACCAGUAUAAAGUCAAGCACAGACGCAACCCAGUCUGUGUCCGAGCUCAGGAUGUUCUCUGUAACUCACGAUGGAGCGACUGGAGCAGCUACAAGCCGAUCCAGGAGCUACCCAGACAUAGACCUGAUCCAGACGUGCGAGGCUAA